AUGAGUUUAAGACAGCGUCCCGUCGCCGCGCGCGGUGGUGCCGGUAACCGUCCGCAGCCGUUUAACUCCGUCUACAAUAUUAUCCCGGUGCACGACCUCAUGACGGACCACCCUUCGCUCCGGUAUCCGGAAGUGCGCGCGGCUGCGGCGGCGCUCCGCGCCGUCGGCGACCUCCCGAAGCAUCAGUUCAUGCGAUGGGAGCCGGAUAUGGACCUUCUGGACUGGCUCCGGUUGCUGUUCGGGUUCCAAAUCGACAACGCACGGAACCAGAGGGAGCACCUGGUUCUCCACCUCGCGAACUCGCAGAUGCGCCUCGAGCCGGCUCCGGCAAUCGUCGACGCGCUCGACGCCGGCGUGCUGCGGCGGUUCCGGCGGAAGCUCCUCCACAACUACAGCGCGUGGUGCUCGUUCCUCGGCCUAAAGUCGAACGUGCUGCUCUCGCGCCGCCGCGACCCGACCGAUCUCCGCCGCGAGUUGGUGUACGUUGCGCUAUACCUUCUGGUUUGGGGAGAGGCCGGUAACCUUCGUUUCACUCCAGAGUGCAUAUGUUAUAUUUACCAUUUCAUGGCGAAGGAGCUUAACCAUGUUAUUGAUGAACACAUUGAUCCUGAUACUGGUCGUCCUUUUAUGCCUACCGUUUCUGGUGAACUAGGGUUUUUGAUGUCUGUGAUUUUGCCAAUUUAUAAUACUAUUAAGGUUGAGGUUGAUAGUAGCAGAAAUGGAAAGGCUCCGCACUCUGCUUGGAGAAAUUAUGAUGACGUUAAUGAGUAUUUUUGGAGUAGGAGGUGUUUGAAGAGGCUGGGGUGGCCUUUGAAUUUGGGGUGUAAUUUCUUCGGGACUACUCCGAAGGAAAAGCGCGUAGGGAAGACUGGUUUUGUGGAGCAGAGGUCGUUUUGGAAUGUUUACAAGAGUUUUGAUAGGCUGUGGGUGAUGCUGAUUUUGUUUUUCCAGGCUGCGGUUAUUGUUUCUUGGGAGGGUACCACUUAUCCGUGGCAGGCCUUGGAGAGAAGGGAUGUGCAGGUAAAGAUGUUGACUGUGUUUAUCACUUGGAGUGCACUGAGGUUGCUUCAAUCUGUGCUUGAUGCUGGGACUCAGUAUAGCUUGGUUACUCGAGAGACCACUUGGCUUGGAGUGAGGAUGGCCCUGAAGAGCAUGGUUGCCAUAACGUGGACUGUUUUGUUUUCUGUCUUUUAUGGAAUGAUUUGGAUUGAGAAGGGUUCUAGUUCAAUAUGGUCUGAUGCAGCCAAUCAGAGGAUUAUUACAUUUCUUAAAGUUGUCCUUUUCUUUCUUAUCCCGGAGUUGUUGGCGUUGGUGCUCUUUGUGGUGCCAUGGUUGCGGAACGCCAUUGAGGAAUCAGACUGGAGCAUAAUAUAUUUAUUGACGUGGUGGUUUCAUACUCGGAUUUUUGUGGGCCGGGGUGUGAGACAGUCGCUUAUAGAUAACGUAAAGUAUACUGUAUUCUGGGUAGCAGUAUUAGCUUCGAAGUUUUCAUUCAGUUAUUUUGUUCAGAUCAAGCCUCUAGUUGCUCCGACAAAGGCUCUUUUGACUCUUAGGGACAUUCCUUCUAAAUGGCAUGAGUUUUUCAGUAACACCAACAGGGUGGCAGUUGUCUUGCUAUGGUUGCCUGUUGUGCUUGUCUACUUCAUGGAUUUGCAAAUAUGGUAUUCAAUUUUCUCUGCAUUUUAUGGUGCGAUAAUUGGUCUGUUCUCGCAUUUGGGUGAAAUUCGGAAUGUGACUCAACUCAGACUUAGAUUUCAGUUCUUUGCUAGUGCCAUGAAGUUCAAUCUGAUGCCGGAGGAGAAGCUGCUAAGUCCGCAAGCUACACUUCUAAAGAAGCUUCGCGAUGCCAUGCAUAGGUUGAAACUGCGAUACGGACUUGGUCAGCCCUUCAAAAGGAUUGAAUCAAGCCAAGUGACCAGAUUUGCCUUAAUAUGGAAUGAGAUUAUGAUAACUUUUAGGGAGGAAGAUAUCAUCAGUGAUCUAGAACUCAAGCUCUUGAUACUGCCGCCAAAUUGCUGGAAUAUUAGGGUUAUUCGAUGGCCAUGUUCCCUUCUCUGUAAUGAGCUACUGCUUGCUGUCAGUCAGGCUAAAGAGCUGGAAAAUGAGUCUGACUCUUCACUUUGGUUGAAAAUACGCAAGAAUGAGUAUCGUAGGUGUGCUGUCAUUGAAUCUUAUGACAGUGUUAAAUAUUUGUUUCCCAUGGUUCUUAAACCUGAAAAAGAAGAGUAUUCCAUUGUGACUAAUAUAUUCAAAGUCAUAGACAACUACAUUCUGAUGGGUAAGUUAACAGAAGCAUUCAAGAUGUCUCGGCUACCUCAGAUACAUGCUAAGGUGAGUGAAUUUGUUCAGCUUUUGAUACAACCAGAGAGAGACAUGAAUAAGGCUGUAAAUUUAUUGCAAGCUUUGUAUGAACUGUUUGUUCGAGAAUUCCCAAAGGUAAAGAAGACCAUCACCCAGCUACAUCAGGAUGGUUUGGCACGACAAAGUUCCACAACUGAUGAAGGACUGCUCUUUGAAAAUGCUAUUAAGUUUCCUGAUGCUGGAGAUGCAGUAUUUUCUGAGCAGCUCAGACGAUUGCAUACGAUUCUUACUUCAAGAGACUCAAUGCACAAUGUCCCAUUGAAUCUUGAGGCACGACGACGAAUUGCUUUCUUUACCAAUUCUUUGUUUAUGAACAUGCCCCGGGCUCCUUAUGUUGAAAAAAUGAUGGCUUUCAGUGUUUUGACUCCAUAUUAUGAUGAGGAAGUAUUGUAUAGCAAAGAGUCUCUACGAAAGGAGAAUGAGGAUGGUAUUACUACUUUGUUUUAUCUGCAGAAGAUUUAUGAAGAUGAAUGGAAAAAUUUUAUGGAAAGGAUGCGUAGAGAAGGUUUGAAAGAUGAGGAUGAUAUCUGGAGUACAGAAAAGGUCAGGGAUCUCCGCCUUUGGGUAUCUAAUAGAGGUCAAACUUUGUCCCGUACAGUUAGGGGGAUGAUGUACUAUUAUAGGGCCCUUAAGAUGCUCGCCUUCCUGGAUUCAGCAUCUGAAAUGGACGUGAGGCAGGAACCAGAACAUAUUGUUUCACUUGGUUCAAUAAAUGAAAACAGCAGCUUAAAUGGCCUAUCCUCAAAUGGGCCGUCAUCAUUACAGACAAAUCUCAGGCUGGCAGAUAGCAGUGUGUCCACGUUAUUCAAGGGACAUGAAUAUGGGAGUGCACUGAUGAAGUUCUCGUAUGUGGUUGCAUGCCAGAUGUAUGGGCGCCAGAAGGCAGACAAGAAUCCACGUGCUGAUGAGAUAUUGUAUUUGAUGCAACAGAAUGAGGCCCUUCGAGUGGCAUAUGUUGAUGAGGUUUCUUUAGGGAGGGAGGGGACUGAAUAUUACUCUGUUCUUGUGAAGUAUGAUCAGCAGUUGCAGAGGGAGGUUGAGAUUUAUCGCAUCCGGUUGCCUGGUCCUUUAAAACUUGGAGAAGGGAAACCAGAAAAUCAGAAUCAUGCCAUAAUCUUUACACGAGGUGAUGCAGUUCAGACCAUUGAUAUGAAUCAAGACAAUUAUUUUGAGGAAGCUCUCAAAAUGCGGAAUCUGCUGGAGGAGUUCAAUGCGAACUAUGGUGUUAGCAGACCAACCAUUUUAGGGGUCCGGGAAAAUAUCUUCACAGGAUCAGUUUCCUCACUUGCAUGGUUCAUGUCAGCUCAAGAGACAAUCUUUGUGACACUAGGUCAGCGUGUUCUGGCAAACCCUUUGAAAGUACGAAUGCACUAUGGUCAUCCAGAUGUGUUUGAUCGAUUCUGGUUCUUGGGUCGGGGAGGAGUUAGCAAGGCCUCUAGAGUGAUCAAUAUCAGUGAAGAUAUUUUUGCUGGUUUCAAUUGUACCCUUAGGUGUGGCAAUGUGACACAUCACGAAUAUAUACAGGUAGGCAAAGGAAGAGAUGUAGGUUUGAAUCAGAUAUCCAUGUUUGAGGCCAAGAUUGCUAGUGGGAACGGUGAGCAGGUCCUGAGCAGAGAUGUGUACCGUCUUGGCCAUAGAUUAGACUUCUUCCGCAUGCUUUCAGUGUUCUAUACGACCAUAGGAUUUUAUUUUAACUCGAUGGUUAUUGUACUGAUGGUUUAUGCCUUCCUUUGGGGUCGCCUUUAUAUGGCUCUCAGUGGAAUUGAAGGUGCAGCCUCGGAUAAUGCUACCAACAAUAAAGCCCUUGGUGCAGUCUUAAAUCAGCAGUUUGCGAUCCAGGUUGGUAUUUUCACUGCACUUCCAAUGAUUGUUGAAAACUCUCUCGAGCAUGGGUUCCUUCCAGCUGUUUGGGACUACUUGACGAUGCAGUUGCAGCUUGCAUCACUAUUUUACACAUUCUCUUUGGGAACUCGCACACAUUUCUUUGGUCGGACUAUACUUCAUGGUGGUGCUAAGUACCGGGCAACAGGUCGAGGUUUCGUUGUGUCACACAAAAGCUUUUCUGAGAACUAUAGACUAUAUGCUCGAAGCCAUUUUGUGAAGGGUAUUGAACUUGGGAUUAUUUUAAUCGUGUAUGCUGCUCAUAGUCCCUUGGCUAAGAAUACUUUUGUGUACAUAGCUAUGACAAUCUCAAGUUGGUUUCUUGUCGUUUCAUGGAUAAUGUCUCCUUUUGUCUUUAACCCCUCUGGGUUUGAUUGGUUGAAAACUGUAUAUGAUUAUGAAGAUUUUAUGAAUUGGAUAUGGUAUCCUGGUGGGCCCUUCAAAAAGGCAGAAUAUAGCUGGGAAACAUGGUGGUACGAGGAGCAAGACCAUUUAAAAACAACAGGUAUAUGGGGAAAACUGUUGGAAAUCAUUUUAGACCUUCGAUUCUUCUUCUUUCAGUAUGGUAUUGUUUAUCAGCUAGGUAUUGCUGGUGGAAAUACUAGUAUAGCAGUUUACUUGUUGUCUUGGAUAGUCAUGGUUGUGAUUGUUGCCAUUUAUAUCACCAUUGCAUAUGCCCAGGAUAAAUAUGCUACAAAGGAGCACAUAUAUUAUCGAUCAGUCCAGCUUCUUGUGAUUAUAGUCACAGUUCUUGUAGUUUUUCUCCUACUGGAGUUCGCCCAUUUAAAAUUUGUUGAUCUCCUAUCAAGCUUGUUGGCAUUUGUUCCAACUGGAUGGGGAAUGAUUUUGAUAGCCCAGGUGCUUAGGCCAUUUCUGCAGACAACUAAAGUGUGGGAGACUGUUGUUUCCUUGGCUCGUCUAUAUGACUUGCUGUUUGGUAUAAUUGUUAUGGCUCCAAUGGCAAUACUAUCAUGGUUACCUGGAUUUCAAUCAAUGCAAACUAGAAUUCUCUUUAAUGAAGCUUUCAGCAGGGGUCUCCAGAUAUCUCGAAUAGUUAGUGGCAAGAAGUCUGUUUAA